AUGAUUGAAGGAAUAUUCUUUGCUCGUUUCCUUCCCCAGAAAGGUACCAAAGUCGUUCAUCAAAGUCCUCCAGGAUGUAUAGUCCCAGAACCUGAUGUCGAUAAACCACGUCUGUUCGACUUUGAAAAGCUGGCCGAAUAUAUCAUUCCCCGCCAAGCAUUUUGCAAUCGACAUGUUACAGUAUGUGAUCCCGAGAACAAACAUCGCAUUUUAGGCCAUCCGGUUUGUAUAAAGAAUGAAAAGUACGAACGCAAUGAAUUCAUGUUCAAUUUUUGCAUUGUGACGAGAGUCGAGGUGGAUAAGAUUCCUUAUGAAGCUGUGGUUAAACGGUUGGCAUCAACAUUUACGGAAAUGGAAAUUCAGAAUGAGUAUCUGAGUCAGGAGGGUACAUUUUCAUGCCAAGAUCGAAGGUCGAUAGCUGCGUUGUUGGAGAUUAUUAAGGAGGAUUUGAAUAAUUACAAUGAGUGCAUGAUUCCUGUCGACGAUGCAAACACUAUUAACAUGAAGCUUUUCCCAAUCCACAGACAUCCACCCCCUAUAAAAGCAUGGCACGUCCCGAUCUCGAAGAUCAAAUUUGCCGAGAUCGUCGACGAUACCUGGGAUCUCACCAUGAGAAAAGUUAUCAAGCACAUUGACGGCAUCAAAGACGUCCGAAGAAUCGCUCACGACGCAAAUAUUGCUAUGGAUCUUACCAAAAUAGCCUUACAGCAUCUUCUCUACUAUGAUUCCAUCCUUAUGCUCGAUAUGUUUCUUUUCAGCAACAUUUAUGCGCCUACAUCUGAAAUGAAUGAUUUUAUAGCCGAUAAAGAUGGUAUGCAAGAUGAAUGCGCAAAUUACGUCUACAUCAAUGGUCCUCGCCUCACAAAUUUUCUUCUCUGUCGACUCUUUACCACUCUUUGUACCUCAAGAACGCUCAAGGAAUGGCUCAAACUACACAUGGAUCAAGGCCUCAACGUUCUCAAUUAUAUCGAUGUUCGUCGGUUCAUCCAAUUCGGUAUCAUAAAAGGUCUCAUUUAUCGCGUGCAUAGGUAUGCAGUGUCUUCCAUGUAUUUAUCAUCGAUUGCCUCUAGACAAGCAAUGCAUAUGGAUAGAAGAGAUGACGCGCUGUGGAAGUAUACGGAUGGUUGCCAUUGUUUUGACCAAAUAACCACAGUACUAAACAUUGGAGAGGCAAAAAUCAUGGAACGACUGCGCAAAUUUCCAAAGGGGGAUGUAGAGGUUAUAUAUCGAUGA